GACUGUGAUGUUUCUUUUUAUCAUGGGUUUUGUAAAAUUUUUACAAUUUCACCGCCGGAGAUCAUGUUUUAAACGAAUAAUAUAUUUUAUUUUUAAUUAAUUUAGUCAAUUUUUCAUCGAACAUACUCCCACAAUGGCGGAUACAGCGAUUGCAUCGAGAACUUGCGAAACAGCCGAGUGUAAUUUACCAGCCAAGCUGCAGUGUCCAACAUGCGUGAAAUUAGGUAUCCAGAACUCGUACUUCUGCUCUCAGGCAUGUUUCAAAGGAAGUUGGAAAACUCAUAAGUUGAUCCAUAAGUUAAUAGAAAAUGCCGAAACGGAAAAGAAUUCAAAUGAUUACCUUAGUUAUAAUCCCUGGCCUUAUUAUCAAUUCACUGGUAAAUUACGUCCUUUUCCUCAAACAAUGAGACGUACGGUACCGGAAAAAAUAUCUAGGCCAGAUUACGCCGAAGAUCCCAAAGGUAUCCCUUUAUUGGAGCAAAAAGCCAAAACAUCGUCCCAAAUUCAAGUGCUUUCGGAUGAAGAAAUCGAAGGCAUGCGUGUAGCGUGCAAGUUAGGUCGCGAAGUAUUGGAAGAAGUUUCUAAUAUGAUCGAUGUGAAUGUGACUACCGAAGAAAUUGAUCGAAUAGUUCACGAAGCGUGUGUAGAUAGAGAGUGCUAUCCGUCGCCUUUAAAUUAUUACCAGUUCCCUAAGUCGUGCUGUACGUCUGUGAAUGAAGUCAUUUGUCAUGGGAUUCCAGACAUGAGACCGUUAGCUGAUGGUGAUAUUUGUAAUGUGGAUAUUACCGUAUAUCAUCGAGAAUAUCAUGGAGAUCUGAAUGAAACUUUUUUAAUCGGAAACGUCAGCGAUGUUGCCAAAAAAUUGGUUCAAACUACUCACGAAUGUUUACAAAAAGCAAUCGAAGCUGUUCAACCGGGCGAAAAAUACCGCGAAAUAGGUAAUGUGAUACAAAAAUACGCUCAGUCGAAAGGAUUCUCGGUAGUGAGGAGUUACUGCGGUCACGGUAUCCAUAAAUUAUUUCACACAGCCCCUAGUGUUCCUCAUUAUGCGAAAAACAAAGUCGUCGGUAUCAUGAAGCCUGGUCACUGUUUCACCAUCGAACCCAUGAUCAACCAGGGUAAUUGGCGUGAUGAUACCUGGCCCGAUAAAUGGACCGCUGUUACCGUUGAUGGUUUAUUAUCAGCCCAAUUCGAAGAAACUUUAUUAGUUACUGAUACUGGAGUCGAAGUACUCACCAAGAGAAUACAAAAAAAUGGCCAACCGUAUUUUUACGAUAAAUUAUAACAUUGGUGACCACGUCACUGGAAAUAAAUACUGCUACGGUUGAUC